AUGGACUGUGGAAGAAGGGACUUAUUAAGUCCAAAUAGUUGUUCAUCUAGUGAAAUUGCACCUGUUUCCGGCAACAAAGAAAAGUUAAAAACUGAACAAAAGGUGGACUUCAAGAUGGGGACACCAUCAUUCAGUCACAUGCUAAGCACGGUGGUCCAAGACGCAGUCUACAAGUUGUGUACCAAACACAUGACGUUCUCUAAGCAGUUAGAAAUUGAUGCAAUAAUCUGUCUUGCAGCCGACACACAAGAACAGGAAGUGACAAUAAAGAUGCAUAGAACUGUCGUUAAAUCUAAACAAGACCCAGAGCUUACAUAUUAUAAUUCACCUUCGAUUCGAGGAACUUAUGAGCUGGACAAAGAUCCACGAUUUAACUUGUCGUCUGAACAGAUGGAGAAUAUGAUGAAAUAUUACGAGUUCUCAAAUUCUGGUUUGUUGAAAAACCAAUACAGGAAUUAUGACAUGUCAGUUUUAAACACAACGGAAGAAGACAAAACCUCCAAUGUUAAAACCACCAUUCAGGAAACUACAGAUGAAGGAACAAUCAGUAAGGAUAAGCAGUUAGAUGAUCAAAACCAAAGUGAAUCUAUAAGGGUUUCAAGCAGCAUUAACCCAUCUGACUCUGACCAGAAUAUUUAUAAGGAGCUACAACACAAAACCAAACCAAAGAGGGAUCACACAGGGCCAAGUGCAAUAGAACAGUUAACAGCGGAAAGAUGUCUUUACAGUGCAAAUGAUGAAUCUCAGAGAGCUAAAAAUAGUGUUUGGAGCAAAAGUGGAACAUGGGAUAAAGCAAAAUCUCCUGAUGUGUCAAUAUGGAAUAAAACGGGAGGUGAUGUACCUCCUGUAGAUGAGGUUACACACCAUGAAGAAGAAGAUGUCCAUGAUGAAGAACUUAAUGAAACCAUGAGAGAACCCUUACCUAGACUGGAGCAUAAGCACUCACAAGAAAAUGAAAGUAGCAAAGCUGGAGGCCACCAUCAUUUAAAAAGAUCGUAUCCAUAUCCACCUACGACAUCCUCCACUAACUUUCAGUUCAGUGAUGCUCCUUUCUCUAAAACAUCACGUCCUUCCUCCUUGCCAGAUCACCUUGCUGACUCAUCUAAUGUAAAAGCAGCACUUUCUUCAUUCAUAUACCACCGCAAUGAUGACACAAACUCUCUUGGGGGUGUGGCAAUGAUGCCAAAUGUCAAUGAGACAACAGUUCCUGAGGCUCCAAUGCAAGACUUUAAUGAUAUACCAACUACUAAAGCUCCAUAUGUUAAGGAUGAACCACAGGAUGUUCAACAUGUAGAUGAGGAGACAGUUAUUGACCAAACGACUGGGGAAAGAACGGAAGAAACAAAUUACAGUGAAUAUAUGAAGGCUCUGGCUGCUUUUGAACAAUCAAAACUUGAAGUUUUAAAGAAUUUCACAGAUGUGGAUGGAGUACUUUCUGCAGGCUCUGGAAUGCCUCCUCAUACCACUGAACAAUGGCAGAUACCUCCUGCAUUGCCCCACAUGGUAAAUGCCAACAAACGAUCUCCAAACACAAACUCUCAAUCCACCUCGGAAAACACCCAAGGAGAAGGUGGUUCUAAUUUUAUGUGCUACAUGUGUCCCGAACCACGACCAUUUCGGUCACUCUUUGGAUUUAAAUGUCAUCAAAAACGGCACACAGGGACAUUACCUUAUUCGUGCAAGUAUUGUAGCAAGUCAUUUCAUGGAAAGACACAUUUGGAGAACCAUAUAAGGAUUCAUACAGGAGAUAAACCAUAUCAAUGUACUUUAUGCAAGAAAGCAUUCACUGAAAAAGGCAAUCUCAAGCAGCAUAUGACCAAGCAUGCAAUGAAGUCUGAUACUGUAAAUAAGCAAUAGGUAUUAAGGAGGGGGGCGUACGUUCAGAUAGGGGAGUUCCUAAAUACUUAAACACUAGACUAAUUUUCAACAGAAAAAUGAAUGCAUUUUAGUGGAGUAUGAAACGCUGAAAUGAACAUUAGACGAGAGGUAAUAUACUACAAUAGUAAUAGUAAUAGUAAUGUAACACUAAGAAUAAUAAGUUUAUGGGAUAUGCAUUGUCCUUUUCAUCCUGAUAAAAGUGAUUAUAUUAAUUACAACAGUCAAAUAAGAACCCCUGAUUCUAAUUAUUGUGAUUCGGAAGCAUCCUUUAUGUGAUUUUAGAUGCUAGAGAACAUUUACAUUACAUGUGAAAAUUUUAAAAUUGUUUAAUCAUGUAAAAGGUUUUUUAUUAUAUGGUUGUGCGAGUAGAAAACAUCCACCAAGGAAAGCAAUCUCAGAUUUUAUGACAAAAUAUGCAAUAUAUCUUUAAAGUGCAACAGCUAAACUAUUAGUAGUUGAAUUUUGGUGGUGCAAAUGUAUUGUAUCAAUAUCUUUUUAUUGUAUCAAUAUAUUUUUAAGUGUUCACCAGAAAGGCAAUAAUGAUAUAUACUAUAAUACAUGUAUAAGGUUCGUUCCUCAUAUGUUUUUUGUAUUUUU